AUGAGUUACGAUCAUAAACCCAAACUACACACUUCUACAAAUUACAGCUAUACUUCAUCAGACACCUCCAGACCCACUAGCAAGAACAGCAAUAAUGCCUAUCCCGAUUACACAACCGCCAACGAUGACCAGUGUUUGCUGUUGGACGGUAUUGACAAAUGGCCCUUCGGUGAAUCAUCGCUAGUCGAACUUAUUGUCCUUAGACAAGAACAAGAACGCACAAAACAAGAACAAAUCAGACUUCAGAAUUUGGAAAGAACCCUCCAAGUGUUGAAAGUAUCUAUUGAGGCUAAAGUCCCAUCACACAUGAUUGCCAAUAUCUUGAACGGUUCUGUUUCUUCUACCACUGCUGCUGAUCCGAGGGUCCCUACACCACCCAAUCAAACCAUGAUGGUUUCUUCGCCAAUUCAAAACCCCCCAUCCUAUCUUCCAACAGCGGUCCAACAAUAUCCCAAACAAUAUCCCCCAAUCAUCACCACAAACCAUCAAAGAAGCUCGACAAUUUCUACCACAAAGGAACUCUAUUAUAAAUCGUCCCCAACUAUAUUGUUGUCUCCCAGCCAUACCGGGCAAAAUGAGACGCCGAUCAAUCAUCAAUACAUCACCCAUAAUUCCCCAUUUAAGUUCCCUAAAAAAUUGCCCUACCCGAUUCCAGAAUCUCAACCGGUGAUGUCGUUCCAACCGCCAAUGUCACCAAUCCGUUCUCCGCUUCGUCAACAGCCCAAGACUAAACCAUCAAUACCCGCAAAUAAAAAUAACGAAACUGUGGGUAUGAGUUCUUUCCAAGGAGUAAUCCAAUUCCAUCAUUGGCAACUGGAAGAUCCGGGAGCAACGAUCCGCAAAGAACAACAAAAAUCAUCAUCAUUACCCUCGUCAUCUGAUAGUAAUGGUACCGGCCAUAGUCGCCAAAAAUCAAACCCUGAGUUGUUGACCCGUUCGAAAUCUCAAACUCUUAGUAAAGGAUCCAAAAUCGCUAAACCUACCGGGGCAAUCAGUCCAACUAAACUGAAUGCUGUCAUUGAUGGUAGUAAUUCUUCUUCACUGUUUCGCAAUAAGAGGAAAGUCGGCAAUCACUCCCGUGCAAAAUCAGAAAUCGUUCGUACUUCGACGAUCAACGAUUUUGGAAAAUUUCAAGUUGGCAGAGAUAAUAUUUUGAACUCCAAGGAUGCCCCUCCAAGGAAACUCCAACCACCAGUUCAGGUUUCUGGACCAUUGCAUAAUAAAGAUCCAAAAUUCAACCCAUUGAAUAAUUUGGUCAGUGCCGCAAUGAUGGAGACACAUCAGUCAGCGGAAAAGAAAUGA